AUUGGUUAUUUUUUUUACGCAACUAAUCUUUUUUGACUGCUAAAAAAAGGAAAAUGGAGAGCAGGCGGGUUUCAGCAAGGAGCGUGGCAGCCAAGAAAGACAGUGGCUAUAGACAACGACAAGGAUACAGGAACAGGUUUGCAGGUUACAGUUCACAGUUUUCCGGAUGGGCAUCAACUUUCUUCUUUUAUAACUUCCCAGAGGAAUUAGAGGCAAAAUUUCUAUGGAACAGCUUUCAGAUGUAUGGUAAGGUCGUCGAUGUGUAUAUUCCGAGUAAACGGGAUAAGAGAGGGAAGAGGUAUGGUUUUGUGCGACUAACAGGGGUCAAGAAUGAGAUUCAAAUGGAGAGGAGGCUAAAUGAGAUUUGGAUUGGCUCGUAUAAGAUGAGAGUGAAGAUUGCAAAUGACAGACAAAGGAAACCAGCAUCACCCAGGAAGUCAUAUGCACAAGCAGUGAAGGGCCAAGGAAAGAGAGCAGAUAAGGCUUCAGAACAAUCACAUGAAAAGGAAACAAAAGAAACCCCAAAAAAGGAAGGUGGCAAAACAAGGGUACAGGUGAAUAAGGAUGUAGAAAAAACAGAGGGGACUAUUGAAUACAUUCCGACAGGUGAUGAGCUGAAAUGGCUUAAAGGCAGCAUGGUGGCAGUGGUGAGGUCAAUGGCGCUGGUAUCUGAGAUUCAAAAGCAAAUGGACACAGAUGGGGGCUCAAUCUUGUUAUCACCAAUGGGGGGAAGACGGGUGCUUUUAACUGAGAAAGUUGUAAGGUUCUUAUCUGAUUAUAUGAAGCACAAUGAGGAGCUGUUUGUGCCAUUAAAGGCAUGGGGAGAGAGGUGUUUUCAGAUGAUAGGGGAAACAAUCGGAGAAGUUUUAUUGGUUCACGAGGACACAAAGAAGAAAGCAAUAUUAUGGGAUGGGAGAGUUCUGAUCCUAUGCUCGGAGGCCAAUAAAAUCUCAAAACAAGUUAAGCUGAAGGUAGGAGAGCAGGUGUUUGAGAUAGAGAUAAUUGAAGAGGAGUGGCGCUCUGAUCAGGAGUGGCGCUCUAAUCCGGAUUGGUGGCUAUCGGAGAAUGAUCGGAAAAAUGACCUGGAAACGGAGUCUGAUUACUCAAUCUCGUGGUGUCAGAAUGAGGAUCCGGAAAUGGCUAUGGAUGUGAUUGGCGACGGUGAAGAUGUAAGUAACGGUUCAGAGCAUUUAAUGAAGGAUAUGGUGUCAAAUUCAAAUCUGAAGAUUGCAACGAAAAUAGAGGGCUGUAUUCAAAUUGUGCAAGAGACAGAUUUGGAAGAAGAUGAAAACGUUGGGCUGUCCAAGGAGAUUGGGCCACAAAGAAGAUUUAUUCAAGAAUGUUAUCCAGAGAGCAAGGAGGAGAUCUGGGCAAAAGGAGUAGCGUGGGUAACACCCAGAACAAGGCAGCGACUGGCACGGAGAGUGGAAACUUGCCAAGUCGAGGAUGACAAGGUACACAUCGCUGCUGCUGUAUCUAUUUCAGAUGGAUGUAUUGAAAAUAGAAAUAGGGUGUUGUGGAAGGAGAUGAAUAUGCAUGAGGUGCGCUGGCUGAUGGGGGUAGGGAAGAGAUUGGGUUUUAAAUUUGAUAAUAAUGAGGAGGAGAUUCAAUCAAAGCUACUAGAGGCAGUAAAUCGAGAAGGGGCGGAGAGGAAGGACGCAAUAGGGAGGGGGUUGGGUGGGGCGUUGAAAAAAAAGGAAGUGAGAAGGCUGGUACAAGUAGAGAAGCCUGAUUUUCUGUUCUUGCAGGAAACAAAGUUAGAAAAAGUGGAUGUAAGUAUCUGUAGACAGUUAUGGAAUUCAGAUGAGUUCGAUUGGGUGGUGAAGGGCUCUUUCGGAGCUUCAGGGGGGGAAUGGGGAGCAAAUAAAAAGCAGUAUUUUUUAAUUAACGUCUAUGGGCCAAAUGAUAGACAGAAAAAUGCUAGUUUGUGGGAGGAACUGAGGAAAAUGGUGACAGACAAGGAAGGGUGUUGGGUGAUAGCAGGGGACUUUAAUGCAGUCAGAGGUCCUGAGGAGAGACGAGGAAGAAUAGGGGAGAGCCCAGACAUGAAGGAUUUUGAUGAGUUUAUUGUGACAAUGAAUUUGGUGGAUGUCAAAUUGUCAAAUAGAAGGUAUACAUGGUACAAGCCAGAUGGCACAGCAAGGAGUAGAUUGGACAAAUUCCUAUUGAGUACGGAGAUGAGUAAUAUGGAAGGAGAGUGGAUACAACAAGGAUUGCCAAGGAACAUCUCUGAUCAUUGUGCUAUUGUGUUGAAGUCCAGAACAACAAAUUGGGGACCAAGACCUUUUCGAGUUUUGGAUGCAUGGCAACAACAUCUAGAUUUUAAGAAGUUUGUAGAAGAUAAAUGGAGCUGGAACAAGGAAGUUUUUGGGAACAUGGAACCUCAAUAUGAACAAGCUGUAAAAAAGAUUGAGCAAGUGGAUAUGCGGAACGAAGUAUCUGAUCUGGAAGAUGCUGAGAUUGUGAAAAGGCAAGAAGGUUUUUCUGAGAUGUGGGAUGUUUUGAGAAAAAGGGAACUUAUCUGGAAGCAGAAGUCAAGGAUUGAAGAAAUAGAGGAAGGUUUAAGGAGCUGUGAAGGUUCAAAGGCACCAGGACCUGAUGGUUACAAUUUUAACUUUCUUAAAUAUGCGUGGCACUGCAUAAAGGAGGACUUCAUCAACUUUUUUGAGGAAUUCCAUCGUAAUGCGAAGGUGCUAGCCAAUAGAUUGAAAUCUGUAAUAUCAAAAAUAGUGAGUGAAACGCAAUCUACCUUUGUGGGGGGCCGUCAACUGGUGGAUAGUGUAUUGGUGCUGAAUGAAGUUGUGGAUGAAAUUAAGAAGAAGAAACAGCCAACUUUUGUUUUUAAAGCAGAUUUCGAAAAGGCAUAUGAUUGCGUAGAUUGGUCCUUUUUGGAUUGGAUGAUGGAGAGUUUUGGAUUUGGAACAAAAUGGAGAGGAUGGAUUAUGGAAUGUCUUUCAACGGCGAGAAUCUCGGUCCUGAUAAACGGAAGCCCGACAAAGGAAUUUGAGGUGGGUAAAGGUUUGAGACAAGGUGAUCCUCUAUCUCCUUUCCUCUUUUUGAUGAUUGCAGAGGGGUUACAAGGUCUGGUACAAAGAGCAGUAAAGGAGGGAAUGAUGCAUGGGAUUGAGAUUGGAAAGAAAGGCCUGUCCGUGUCGCUGCUCCAGUUUGCUGAUGAUACAAUUAUUAUGGGUAGAGCAGAUGCUGAGAAUAUACAUACAGUGAAGGACAUCCUAAAAUGGUUUGAGCUUAUGUCGGGCUUGAGGAUUAACUUCAGCGAGAGCAGCAUUUUUGGUUAUAAUGUGUCGGAGAAAUGGCUAAAAGGAUCAGCGGGUAUGUUACAAUGCAGGGUUGGUCGAGCACCGUUUCUUUAUCUGGGAUUGCCCGUUGACGAAUUAAAUAAGAAAAUUUCAUGGGUUAAAUGGGAAUAUGUAUGUCGAGCUAAGGCGAAGGGGGGGCUUGGGGUGCCUGACUUACACAGUAAAAAUUGGGCAAUGUUAGGAAAAUGGUGGUAUAGGUUAAGUGACGGGGUCGAGAGCUUAUGGAAAAGGGUGGUGAGGGAGAAAUAUUAUGGUGGUAGGAGGGAGGUCGAUAUUACUACGAUUGAGUGUUUAAAGGUGUCCAAGAUUUGGAGGGACAUUAUUAGGAUAGGGGGUCUAUCUCUCAAACUUAGGAAUAUGUUGGUUGAGGGUUUCAAGUGGGAGGUGGGUGAAGGAAAUAGAGUGGGUUUUUGGUCUGAUAGGUGGAUUGGUGUUAAAAGUCUUAGGAAUUUGUUUCCAAGGUUAUUUGCACUUUCUGUGAAGAAGGAUGGAAAGGUUUCUGAGAUGGGGUCUUGGGAAGAGGGUAGAUGGUGGUGGCGGGUGGAGUGGAGGAGGGGUACAAUAGGGCGAGAGAAAGAUGAGGAGGAGCUGUUGGAGAAGGUGCUGGAGGGUGUCAAACUAAAGGAGGGGGCAGGGGAUGUUUGGAAGUGGGUACAUGGGAUGGAUGGCAAAUAUGAGGUGAAGCUAGCAUAUGAUUUUUUAGCUACUACGGAGGGAGUCUUGGAGGACCAGAUGUGCCAAUUAAUAGGGUGCAGAUUGGUGCCAUCCAAAGUGGCUUUUUUUGGGUGGCGUUUGUGCUUAGAUAGACUCCCAACAAAGGAAAACUUGCAAAAAUGUGGGAUAUUGUUACAGGAGGGGGUGUUGAGUUGGUGGGGUUUGGAGUCUGUUUUGCCUAAUACAGUAGGGGGAAUGGCAGAGUUUUUCAUUGGAAGUUUGGGCAGCAUAGUGGGAAAAGAGAUGGGUUCAUGUAUUUUUCUAGUGGUCGCCUGGUACCUAUGGUCUGUCAAAAACCAUAAAAGGUUGAGGAAGCAGUUCUAUAAAGCUUGCGUGCCCCCGAGUUGAUGGCUAGGCGGGGCUGUUUUGUUUUCAAUAUGUAGUAUUUGGGCACUCGUGGCUUUUUGUUUGUGAUUUGUAAGUUGUAUUACUCGCUAGUUUUUAGGAGAUUGGCCCUCCUCUGUUGUGGUUUCCAUUUUUUGUAUAUGGGCAGGAGCACCCCUUGUGCUUCAUUAAAUUAAAUUUUCUUUG